AUGAACUCACAAGAAGCAAUUCCAUAUGCAAAGAAAUUUGCUCGCCUAUUAAAGGCUUACAACGUCGAUACAGUAUUUGGUUUAGUUGGAAUCCCCAUCGUAACCUUUGCCAAUGAUCUUAUUGAUGAAGGUAUUCACUUUAUUUCGUGUAGAAACGAACAAGCCGCUUCAUAUGCUGCAUCUGCUUAUGGUUACUUAAACAAUAAACCUUCAGUUUUACUAGUCGUAGGUGGUCCCGGACUAAUCCAUGCAUUGGCUGGGGUAUACAAUUCUAUGAAUAAUAAAUGGCCAUUAGUUAUCAUUGCAGGUAGUAACGAUAACGGUGAACAUCAAUACCAAGGAACUUUCCAAGAAUUAGAUCAAAUUUCUUUGUUAGGAGAAUAUGUUAAAUUUAAAGGUAAAUUGAAUCAUCAUAAUAUGGAUUUUGUCACUUACAAUGCAUUUAAUUAUGCUAUACAAUCUCCACAAGGUGUUUCCUAUAUUGAUUUCCCAGGGGAUCUUAUUGAAAGUGGUGUGAAAGUAAAUUCAACUAUUUCACCACAGAUUAGACCACCUCAACCUAUUAAAUCCUGCCCCAAUCCACAGAUUGUUGAUCAAGUGGCUCAAUUAAUUACCGAUGGAGUUGAUACUAAGAGUCAGAAUAUAUUAAUUGUUAUUGGGAAAGGUUGUGUUCAUCAUGCGGAUUCGAUAAAGACAUUUAUAAAUAAAUAUAAUUUCCCAUUCUUACCAACUCCAAUGGCUAAAGGGAUUCUUCCUGAUUCUCAUCCGAUGAAUGUAUCUAGUGCUAGAUCCUUAGCAUUAGAGGAGGCAGAUAUUGUCUUAGUGCUUGGAGCAAGAAUCAAUUGGAUUUUACAUUUUGGACAACCACCUAAAUGGAAAUCAACAGUUAAAUUUAUUCAAUGCGAUAAUGAUGUAGGAACUCUUGGGGUAAAUAAUACUUCAAAUGCUCAUCUAUCGCUAUUAGGGGAUAUUGAUUUAACGGUUCAACAAUUAGGUCAUACAUUAGAUAGGUUAUCACCUAAUGGGUUCAUACAUCCAAAGUUACCAGAAGAGAUGGAAUUAAAGAUUCAACAAAACCAUAAGAGAAUGCAAAUACAAGAACAUACGUCGAAUGAACAAAAUGAAUUAAACUAUCAUACUGUUUAUCGUACUCUAAGAGAGGUGAGAGAGGAUUCAAGGACUAUAUUAGUGAUGGAAGGAGCUAAUACCAUGGAUAAAGCCCGUGUAUCAUUCCCGACUUCAUUCCCAUUAAGACGAUUAGAUUGUGGUACCACCGCUACAAUGGGGGUUGGUCUUGGAUAUACAAUUGCAUCCAGACUCAGUUUCCCACAUUUGGAUACUGUAUUGAUCCAAGGUGAUUCUGCGUUUGGGUUUUCCGGAAUGGAAAUUGAAACAUUAGUAAGAUUAGGUCUAGGUUGUGUCAUAGUGGUAAUGAAUAAUUCAGGGAUCUAUCAUGGUAAUAACCCGAACAGUUCAACAAAAUUAAGUGAAAGGUGUCGUUAUGACCAAUUGGCUAAAGGGUUAGGCGCUCAAGGGUACAUGGUUACAGAUUUAAUCGAUCUAAAGAAGAAGUUCCAAGAGGCAAUUAUACAAUCCCGUGAAAACAAUGUUGUUACGUUAUUGAAUGUAAUCAUUGAGCAUGGAAAGGGUGCGAGUGUAUCAUUUGCAUGGCAAAACAAGACACCAAGUAAACUGUAG